CAUCUCUGCUCCUGCGCAAAAGGUACUUUUCCCAGCCUGCCCUGUACCUCCAUCUUGAGGUACCUUACCUCCACUUACCUGGCCGUACCGCCUGUACGUACAUGGCAGCAGGUACCUUAGCGCAGGCAUUGGCCCGCUUGCCAUUCCCCAUUCCCCCAAUACUCCACUUCCUCUCAUUCUCCCAUCUUUCUCUCUUUCCUGUGUGUCUGUGCCUGCGCAUCUGCCAUUUCCUGCUUUUGUUUAUGAAAAAUUACAGUGGAAAAAAACAACCAAAAAAAAACCACAAGAAAAAUAAGGCAGACAAGAGGGGAAAAGAAAGGAAAGUUAAGGGAAGGGUAAGAGAGCAGUAAACAACACACAAAAGACAGACCACAACUACAGCAACGCUCUCAAAACACAUAAUCAAAAAGGAAUACAACAACUACUUCGUACGGAUACAGACAGAGACAAGCCAAAGAGAAGACUUACUCGGUCGAAUCUCUUGUCACCUUGUCUCCCCCCCUCUCCUCGGCUGCCCCCUCCACUUGUCCACCGUCCUGGCAAGCCUUGUCUGGGUCUCCAAAUUCCCGAUUCCUCCAAGACGAUCCACGCCCACCCUGUUCGACCGUCAGGCUUCAUUCAACACUAAGAAAGAGAAAGAGAGAGAGAGAGAGGGAAAGAGAGAAAUCCCGUCCAGCACUCCAGUCGUCUCCAGCUCAGCUAGCCUGG